AUGCUCUUUCGGUCAGCAGUUAGGAAAUAUUCUUCUCAGUCAGUGAAUCCGCUAAUUUCGUCGACAUUAUUGCUCUCUAGGAAUCCUAUCGUAACUGCGGAUUUACCUGAGUUUGAAAACCAGUAUUACAAGUACCAGAAUGAGUUGUGGAAAAGAUUAAUGUGGACAUUUCCAAAGUGGUUUUACUAUAGAGAAGGAACUUUGUCUGAGCAGAGAUAUAGGGAGCUAAAUAAGAAUCCCGUAUUUAACAACCCUAAUGUGGAGUUUCCAAAAGGAAGGCCUGAGAUUAGACAUCAAAGAGAUAGACGAUUUAAACAAGAGAUUAAUCUUCCAAAGACGUAUUCUGAAGCUAAGGAGGAAGAAACUGAUGAAUUUAAGGUAAAUGACAGUUUAUCUCGUAAAAUUGUACCUAAUUCAAGGUUAACUAAAGCUGAUGAAAAUAAAGACCUUACCAGUUUAGAAAGGAAGUUGACUAGAACAUUAUAUUUGGUGGUUGGCGAUAGCAAACGUUGGACUCUUCCUAACUUCAAAGAGGAGACCGCGAAUGAUCUUAAGCCGUUACAUAAAUUGGCAGAAGAAGGCUUAUAUAAAAUUGGGGGGGAAAACAUCAACUAUUUCAAUGUUUCCAAUACUCCAUGUCAUUUAUACAAAGGAAAUGAUGGUAAAAGGGAAUAUUUCAUAAAAUCACAUAUACUAUCUGGUAGAUUUAGUCCAUCAAAUUCAGCAUUAAAGUAUAUGUGGUUGACAAAAGAAGAAAUGGCCAAAAACCUUGAGAAGGAUUAUUAUAAUGAUAUUAAGCAUCUUUUAAGUGAUGUUUAA